AAGGUAUACCUUACCGGAAGAGUUCUCUAAAAACAAAAACCUUAGGAGUUUACUUUUGAAAAGAACUUUAAGAGGUGACAAAUUCGUUAUUACUUCCAUUUUUAGUCUAUUUGUGAUAAAUCCCCAUAGGAAAUUACUUCCAUUUUUUAGUCUAUUUGUGAUAAAUCCCCAUAGGAAAUUACUUCCAUUUUUUAGUCUAUUUGUGAUAAAUCCCAUAGGAAAAACAGGUCUGGUCUGGUCUAGUGGUGGACCGGGACCAGCCCGCACUACAAGAAAAAGUAUAUUGGGCAAUGAACUAAUAUGUAAUGUGCGACGCAAUUUUAUAUCGUUGUGUUUGAGUAAGCAUUUGGACGACGGACAUGAAACAUAGCACUAGAUGUAUCCUUCCGCAACGAGUAAAUAUGGGCGUUGCACAAAGAAAGGUUUGGGCAACUCUCAUGAAAAUCGUCGCUCUAAAAUUAUUUUUUGCCAUCAAAUCUAAUUUUCGCCGCCUAAGUUUCGAGAAUUGGCAACAUACUCAAUAAAUCAUUAAGGGAUUUCUAGUGAACCUUGAACUUAGAGGAACUGUAAAAUAUGAAUAUUACUUCAUCAUAUGGAAAUAAAACACUAAGAUGCUCACUAAGAUGGAAAUAAAACUGUUGUCAUAUGUUGUGUACUUCUAGAUGUUUUAUGUAUACAGAAUAAUAAAAGAUAUAUUCUAUUUAUUGAAGGGAAAAAAUAUUUGAAAGAGUGAGAAUAUUAGUGAUUGUGAAACUGUUGUCAUCACAUGAUCUAUUUUUCUUUAGGAUCUAUUAUUUCAAUGCAUACGCCUUAGAUAUAAUUCUUAUAUGGGUUAUACUACGUAUGAAGUAAUCAGGAAUUCUUAAAUCUUUCCUUGAUGUUGAAUACCAUUUCUCAUUAUUUUUCUCACAAAAAAAAAAAUUUGUCAUCUCUUAGAUAGUGUAAAGCUAAUUUGAAUUACUAUUGUCAAUUCCAUUUAUUCCGUGUUGGUCAAUUUUUUUAUCUCAUUUUAAAAGAAGAAGGAUGUUGUUCAGUUGGAAGCCCCUGAAGGACUUCAUAAGGUCAAAUCUGAACUUAAGUGUGCUACUCAAAGCUAUCUGAUGGAGUACUAUUUUGAAACAAAUAGUGAGUGAUUGAACUCAUGUGCUGCAUGGUUUGCAGCUCUCCUUUGGGGUGAAAAACUUUCUGUUCGUAGCCUGCUUUUGUUCAAGUUCAUGAUCCAUCUCGUAAAGCUUUCAUUGGUAUUCAGGCUGACAAUAUAGGUAGUCAGGUUCCAGUGAUGCUAUUGCACUAUCAGGGAUUAUAUGAGCUAUUUGUUUCAAAAUUUGUGAAAAGUGAAGGCAGAGGCAUCAUAACAUAUUACACGGUGUAUCUGGAGCAAAUUGUGGACAUUCUAAUCAUUGUCAGCGAAAUCACUACGACACAGGUGGGCCCAAGAACCAAAGUAUGUCGGAGCUUCGUCCAAUGUGGUUCAGGAUCAAGGAUGAGGGAUCCUAAAAGAACUUCAAAUAUCACGAAGCUUUUCAACCUAUCCAAGGAAGAUGAUGUCAGGAAAUAUGUCAACAUGUACUGCAGGACAUUCACUAAUAAAAAGGGGAAGGAGGUUAACAAGGCUCCUAAAAUACAGAGGAAGAGGGCCAGAAUUGCUGAGAAGAAGCAAAGGAUAGCCAAGGCUAAGAGAGGCUCAGGAAUACCAGAAAUUGCUUAAGCUAUAUUGCAUUAAUGUACCCAUUCUUUUUGGACUUGGGUUUAUUUCCUAGUUUUGAUGUUUUAUGUUUUGGAGAUUUUGUUUAAAACAGUUGAGACUUGAUACCGCCUUUAUUUAUAUUUAGAUUGAAAUGUUUGGUUAAAAAAUGUAUAUUACUAUAUUAUAUCUCUUGAAAAAAAAUACUAUGUAUGUUGUUACACACACA